GCAGCAGCUGGUUAAUUAGGGCACAUGGUGGGCAGCCGGACCACGGCCCGGGCGCGGCGGUUCUCACUGCUACUGCUGGAGGAGGAGGAGGACUAUGUGCAGGACUGGGUGGUGCUGGCGGCCUGGCCCGUGGACCAGGUGGCCGGCAACUGGCAGCGCCAGCCGCUGCUGCAGGGCCGGCUGCGGCUGUGCACCCGCUCGCUGUUCUUUGAGCCGGAUGACGUGCGCGUGCCCAUUGCCAGGAUUCCCUUUGCGGGCGUACGUACGCUCACCACCGGACCGCCCGUAGCAGCAGUGGCGGCUGGCAGCGGCGGCGCAGCCGCUGCCGCCCACCACGGUCAACACCACCACCACCAGGGGCACCACGGCCACCACCACCACCACCACCACGGCGGCGGCGGCGGGGCCGGCGGGCGCGGGGGCGGCGGCGGCGGCGCGGGCGGCGGCCCCAGUCUUCUGGUGGAGGCUCGUGAGGUGGUGCUCAUGCGUGCCAACAUGGAGGAAGUGCCCUACACCUUCAUAAAGCUCGGAGGAGGCGGAGGCGCGGGAGGCGGAGGCGCGAGUGGUGUUGGUGGUGGUGGUGCUGCUACUGCUGUGGAGGUGGCGCGGUGGGCGUUCGGGCCCUGCUACAGCCCGCUGCAGCCGCUGAUGGGGCAGGCGGCGGCGCUGCUGGACAUCAACCGGCGGCCGCGGGAGGAGCGCAACGCGGCGCUGGAGGAUCUGGCGCGUCAGCGGCUGGACUCUGUCUCCUUCGACCUGUCUCGCCUGGUGGACUUUGGCGAGCGGCUGGUGUGGUGCGGCCCGGUCACGGCGCUGAGCCCGCUGGUGCGCGAGCAGGGCCGCCUGGCCAUCACGCCGCAGCGGGUCUACUUCCAGCCCCUGCACAACAUUGCGGGCGACACGCCGGUGAAGAGCCACCCGCUGGCUGCCAUUGCGGCGGUGGCGCGCCGCCGCAGCAGCCUCAGGGCCGUGGGCCUGGAGCUCUUCUUCGUGCUGCCCUCCGCCGCCGCGGCGGCAGCGGCGGCAGGAGCAGCGGGCGGAGCGGCAGGGGCAGGGGCCGCCCGGGCGGCCUGGCCUCCGCAGCACCCGUACGCGCAGGAGGGGGAGGGCGAUGAGGCGGAGGCGCGCGGCGGUCUGGGAGGUGGCGGCGGCGGAGGGGCGGUGGCGGCGGACGCGGCGGUGGCGGCGGCGCUGGCGGCGGUGGCGGCGGGGCCGGUGUGGGAUGCGCCCAGUGCCUUCCUUGCGUUCAGAUCGGAAGCGGACCGUGAGGCCGCGCGCCACAUGCUGACUCUGCAACCCGACCUGGGCCGCUGCGUGCCGCGACUCACGCCCUCGCCCAUCAAGCAGCGACUGCCCGCAGCCGCCGCCAACAGCGGCGCCGCCGGCACGGCGGCUGCCGGCGGCGGUGCCGCAGGCAGCGGCGGCGGCGGCGGCCUUGUGUCUGUGCUGAGCUCGGCUGUGGCCUCCGCCGCCGCCUACGCGGCACAGGGCGUUGGUAGAGUCGCUGGAGUCGGCGACGGCGGUGGUGGUGGUGGUGGUGGGUUGGGUGAUGAGGACCCGCUGGCGGCGCACGGCAUGUUGCUGGAGGCGGCGGGGCCGUGGCUGCGGCGUGUGACGGCGGCCUGGCAGCGUGGCGCCCUCAGCAACUUCGACUACCUGCUGUACCUCAACUUCGCGGCGGGCCGCUCCUUCAACGACCUGGCCCAGUGGCCCGUGUUCCCCUGGGUGCUGUCCAACUACGUGUCGGCCUCGCUGGACCUGCACGACCCAGCCAACUUCAGGGACCUGACCAAGCCUGUGGGCGCGCUCAACCCCGCCCGCCUGGAGGAGUUCCGCCGCCGCUUCCGCGACAUGCCGCACGACAGCUUCGAGGGGGCCGUGCCGCCCUUCCUGUACGGCACACACUACUCCACACCUGGGUACGUGAUGUACUGGCUGGUGCGCGCCGCGCCCAGCCACAUGCUGCGGCUGCAGAACGGCCGCUUCGACGCCCCCGACCGCCUGUUCGCCAGCGUGCAGGAGGCGUGGGAGGGUGUGCUGCACAGCACCACCGAUGUCAAGGAGCUCAUCCCGGAGUUCUACAUGGGCGGCAGUGGAGACUUCCUGGUCAACGCCAAGAGGCUGCCGCUGGGGCUGAGGCAGAGCGGCAGGGCGGUGAACGACGUGGACCUGCCGCCUUGGGCGUCCAGCCCCCGGGAUUUCCUGGCCCGCAACCGAGCGGCGCUGGAGAGCCCGGUGGUGAGCCGGCAGCUGCACGCCUGGAUCGACCUCAUCUUCGGCUACAAGCAGCGCGGCCCCGCGGCAGAGGCGGCCGACAACGUGUUCUACCACCUGACCUACGAGGGCGCUGUGGACCCCGCCGCCGUCACCUCGGCCGUGGAGCUCAAGGCGCUGGAGACACAGAUCAACGAGUUCGGCCAGACGCCCAAGCAGCUCUUCACCACGCCGCACCCGCCGCGCCUCGUGCACCCGCCCGCGCCCGACCCCGCCACCGUCUUCCCCGAGGAGGAGCCAGGGCUGGCGGCGGCGGCCGGCGGCGCCGCCGCCGGUACGACAGCUGGCGGCGGCGGCGGCGGCGGCACGGGCUACGGCGGCGAUGGGGACGCGGGCAAUCGCGACCUAGUGCUCGCGCUGCUCUCCACCAUCAUGGCGGCGGCGGCGGCAACGGCGGCGCCGGAGCCAGCACCCGCGGCCGCGGCCGCGGCGGCGCCGCCUGCGGCGGCAGCCGCCGCGGCUGCAGGCGCCGUGUCGGCGCCGGCUUUGCCGGCGGCGGCCGCUGGCGGUGGCGGCGCUGCAGCGCCUGCAGCAGCCGGCACGCCUACCGCCGCUGCACCUGCCGCUGCCGCCGCCGCUGCACCUGCCAUGGCCUCCUCCUCCUCCUCGGGCUCGCUGCUGUCCAGCUUCCUCAAGCUCGGACGCUACCAGCAGCAGCAGCGGCAGGUCAGUGGCGGGCUGUCGCCGGCGCCGUCAGACCCGGCGGCAGGCGGCGGCGGCGGCUUUGCGUCGCUGCUGGUCUGGCCGUUCGGCGGCGGCGGCAGCGGCAGCGGCGGCGUCAAUGCAGCUGGCCGCCAGGACUCCAUGGGCGUGGCGGCUACUGCUACUGCCGGUGCUGGUGCUACUGCGGCUGGGCAGCAGCAGCGGCAGCAGUCAGGCGUGGUGCGGGCGGAUUCGGCAGGGGCCGGCGGCGCUGGCGCAGGCUUGCAGCCCGGGGGUGCGACACAGGCGGCAGCCGGUGGCGCCUCGGCGCCGUCAGACGCGGCGGCUGUAGCACCCACAUCGGCCGGCGCCGGCAGUAGCAGCAGCAGCGCCGCCGCCGCCGCCGCGGCCAGCCACCGCGCCGAGUACUGCUUCCCCAGCCCGGCGCCCGCCGACUGGGGGUGGGGCUCGCGGCUGGCGCGGCCGCUCCGGGCCGUGGGCUGGACGCAGCUGGUGGCCCGCGGCCCGCUGGCGGCGGUGGCGGCCGGCCGCAACGGCUUCCUGUACUGUGUGGGGCAGGGCGGCGUGAGGGUGGUGGCGGAGGCACCAGCCGCCGCCGCAGGCGCCGGAGGUGGAGGUGGCGGUGGCGGCGGCGGCGGCGGGCGUGUGGGACUGUCAGUGGUGCGGUCGGCUCAGCUGAAGGGCGACAUGCUGUGUCUGGCGCUGCUGCCCACGCUGGCAGGCAGCGCCGGCACAGCAGCCGACCUGGCCCCUGCUCCUCCUUCCACCUCUCCCGCCUCCACUUCCACCACCACCAUCACAAACACCGGCAGCAGCAGCAGCAGCGGCAGCGGCAGCGGCGCCGCGCCGCGGCACGGGCGGCUGAUGCUGGUGGGCAGUGACGACCGGCGCGUGUACGCCUACUCGCCGGACGCGGGCCGGGUGCUGGGCGACUGGGCGGCGCACGACGACGGCGUGUGCUGCCUGGCACUUAUGGCGCCGGACCCGGGGGCGGCGGCGGCGGGCCUGGCUGCUGGCGGGGGUGGGGGUGGUGGGGUUGGGGGAGGUGGGGGAGGUGGCAUUGCGGGGGCGGGCGGCGUGGAGCCGCUGCUGGUCACGGCGUCGUGGGACUGCUCCGUCAAGAUAUGGAGUUUGGCUGAGGGCCGCGCGCCCUGGGCCACUGGCCUCAGCCUGCCCGCCGCCGAGCUGCGCGACUUUGACUCGGGCGUGUGGGCGCUGGCGGCGGCGGGCUGGGGCGGGCCGCUGCUGGCCACCGGCACCGAGGAGGGAGUGGUGGCGCUGUGGGACACGCGCGCGCCGGGCAACCGCAGGGCCGCCAGCUGUGCCUGGGCGGCGCACGUGGCGGGCGACUACGUCAGCGGACUGCAGCUGCUGCCGGCCCUGGGCGCUACGGCCCUGGGGCCCACGGCAGGAGCCGGAGGCGGCGGAGCGGGCGUGAGCGCGGGCUGUGCGCCGGCGGGGCUGCUGGUGUCCACUGCGGACGGCGCGUUGACACUGUUCGACAUCCGCGGCACCCGGAGCAGCAGCAGUGGCUCAGGCAGUGGCGGCGGCGGCGGCGGCGGCGGCGGGGCGGGGGUGCAACGGCUCGCGAGCGUGUCGUGUGGCUCGACGUUGCGGUGCUGUGUGGCGGACGGCUCGGCGGCGCUGGCGGGAGACGAGGCGGGCUGUGUGCAGCUGUGGGAUGUGGGGCGGGUGGCGGGGGGGCUGGCGGCGGUGCGGGAGGGCGGGCCGGGGCCGGACGGCCUGUAUGCGCCGUGGGAGGGGGAGGAGGCGGGCGGCAGCGCCGUGUGCGGGCUGGAUGUGUACGGCGUGGAGGCAGGGGAGGAGGGAGGGGCGGCGGGCGCCGUGCGGGUGGCGGUGGUGACGGAGGGAGGGCGGCUGGUGCUGUUGGAGGCGUAGGCGCAUUGGCAGGCAGGAAUGUAGCCAGGCUGUGUAGACAGCUGGACAGGCAACAGUGUGCCGAGCAACAGUCAUCCACGAGAGAUGCACGAGAGAUGCAAGCGCAAAGCUCUUCAAAGAUGUUCCGUUGCC